CUGGUUGUUCAAGAGCAGGAGGUCAGGAGAGGCCCGGAUCCCCUUGGGAAUGCGACUCAUCCUCUAAAAGGAAGGUCACCUUCCCCUGCUAAUUGGCAUCACGAGGACUCCCAGCGAGUCCCUGCUGCUCAGAGGCUGUUGGAGGACAGUUAGCAGGGGCCAUGACCACCCUGUCUCCUGAAAACAGCCUCUCUGCCCAGCGGUCGGCCUCCUUCAUCCUGGCCAAGAGAAAGCCACCCAUUGACAAGACGGAGUGGGACGGCUUCUUCGAUGAGAACGGGCACUUGGCCAAGUCGCGGGACUUCAUUUGUGUCAACAUCCUGGAAAGGGGUCUGCAUCCAGUGGUGCGGACGGAAGCCUGGAAGUUCCUCACGGGCUACUACUCAUGGCAGAGCUCCCAGGACGAGCGGCUCACCGUGGACAGCACCAGGAGGAAGAACUACGAGGCCUUAUGCCAGAUGUACGAGAAGAUCCAGCCUCUUCUGGAAAACCUGCACCGGAACUUCACAGAGAUGCGGAACAACAUCGCCUGUGACAUCCAGAAACUCUAUGACAAGGACCCGCUGGGCAACGUCCUCAUUGACAAGAAGAGGCUGGAGAAGGUCCUGCUUCUGAGCUAUGUGUGCAACACCCAGGCUGAGUACCAGCAGGGCUUCCACGAGAUGGUGAUGCUUUUCCAGCUCAUGGUGGAGCAUGACCAUGAGACCUUCUGGCUUUUCCAGUUCUUCUUGCAGAAAAUGGAACACAGCUGCGUCAUCAACAUUGGCGUGGGCAGGAACUUAGACAUACUCAGCCAGCUGAUCACCUUCCUGGACCCCGUGUUUGCUGAGCACCUCAAGGGGAAGGGUGCAGGGGCUGUGCAGUCCCUCUUCCCCUGGUUCUGCCUCUGCUUCCAACGUGCCUUCAAGUCCUUCGAUGAUGUCUGGCGUCUCUGGGAGGUGCUGCUGACUGGGAAGCCCUGCAGGAACUUCCAGGUGCUGGUGGCCUACUGCAUGCUGCGGAUGGUGCGUGAGCAGGUGCUGCAGGAGAGCAUGAGCGGGGACGACAUCCUCCUGGCCUGCAACAACCUCAUCGACCUUGAAGCUGACGAGCUGAUCUCGGCUGCCUGUGUGGUGUAUGCUGAGCUCAUUCAAAAGGAUGUGCCUCAGCCGUUGAAGGACUUCUUUCUCUGAGGAUGUGGGUGCCGCAGCGGACAGACGCCCUGGAUGGACGGGCUCUUCAAAUGCGAGGUCGGAGUGGCAGCUGACGGGGUUGGGUGAGGGAGUAGCCAUACAGUCGCAGUAGAAACAGCCUCAUGGAGUGAGAGCGUGCCGGGCCGUGUGCUGGGCGGUCUGUGUCCUUUGACCU